UUUUCCACGAACCCGUGAACGCAACGAGCACCGUCCACCAUGGCGGCCCAGCGUAAGAAUUUGAUGCAGAGCCAUCAGAGCUGGACAGAUGACCUGCCUCUGUGUCAGAUGUGUGGGGUUGGCACAGCACCAAACUGUGUUUACGGGCCUGACGGUAAAGGAACUCAAAGCCACACCAAUGAGGACGGACAUCUUGGUUUUAGAGGCGAGGAUGGCUGUUUCCUGUACGGGGUUUUUAACGGUUAUGAUGGCAGCAGAGUGGCCAGUUUCGCCUCCCAGUGUCUGACAGCUGAACUGCUGCUAGGACAGCUCAACUCCAGUCACACUGACAACGAUGUCCGCAGGAUCCUCACACAGGCCUUUGAUGUGGUGGAGAAGAGCUACUUUAAGACCAUAGAUGAUGCUCUGGCUGAGAAAGCUCACCUAUCCAACUACCUUCUACCACACAAUGAGAAUGUGUCAUUCCAUCACUCCUCUCAGAAGGUCCAGGAGCGCCUGAAGGAGCUGGAGCAGGAAGUCUCAGGAGGAGCCACGGCUGUGGUGGCUUUGAUCCUCAAUAACAAGCUGUAUAUUGCUAAUGUUGGUACCAACCGUGCACUGCUGUGUAAGUCUAGCAGCGACGGGCAGAACCAGGUUCUCCAGAUCGGACGACCUCACAGCACUGACAAUGAAGACGAGCUGCAGAGACUGGCUGCGCUAGGCGUGGAUUCAGCCCGGGUGAAGCAGGCGGGACAGAUCGCUGGUCAGAGCAGCACAAGGAGGCUCGGAGACUACAGGGUCAAGUUCAACUACAAUGACAUCGACUUACUCAGUGCGGCCAAGACGAGGCCAAUCAUUUCAGAGCCGGAGAUUCAUGGCAGCCAGCCUUUGGACAGCGUGACGGGCUUCUUGUUGCUGCUGUCAGAGGGUCUCAUCAAUGCCCUUGAGUCUGCCCAUGGAGCCGAACAAGCUAAUCAGGAAAUAGUUGCCAUGGUAGCAGCAGAACUGGCCCAGCAGACCAGUCUGGAGGCAGCAGCUCAGUCGGUGGUGGAGCGUGUCAAACGGCUUCACCACGACGUUUACGUAUCUGGCCGUCAGAGGGCGACUUACUGUUCCCGACACGAGGACAUGACCCUGCUCAUCCGCACGCUCAACUAUCCGCUGGCUGAGGGCGCGCUAACACCUACACAGGGUGGGCGUAUCUAUCCCGUUUCAAUUCCCUACUCCAACAGCCAGAGCACCAGUAAAACCAGUGUCACCCUCUCACUGGUCAUGCCCUCUCAAAGUGGUACCCUCACCAAUGGAACUAACACAGCCUCCACUCUGGAGGAAGGCACCCCCACACCAGGCAGUCAGAGCCCCACAGCCACCCUCCAGUCCACCAACACCCAGACGCAGAGCUCCAGCUCCAGCUCAGGAGAUGGGAGCCUUUUCCGACAAAGAGGCAGCCAGGCAGCUCAGCCCGACGAGACGGGCCGGGUCCCGCCUUACGUGGACUUCAGUCAGUUUUACCACCUGUGGGGGAGUGAUCACAGCGACAGCCAGAGCGCCCAGGGAGGACUGGGACCCCAGUGAAGGAGGACAGGGAGGGUGCUGGGUUCAGGUUUGGAAGGGAUGGACUUGGUUUUCUGGCAGAAAGUUGCCAGCGUGGAGGAAAGACUGGGGUGAUUAACCAAAUGCUGAGUUUAGCUAGUAUGCAAAGAAAAUCCCCUAAAACAACAUCACCAGGUUAACUCUUCUGUAAGAGGUGCUGGUCAUGAGUCAUUGUGAAUAUAAUGUAUGUUAUCAAGAUUAUAGCUGUUACUGUCAGAUGUCAAAUGUAUCCACAAACACGUGUCUCACAGACCUGAGAGUUUGUGGCGGUGAGAAUGCUAACACACUGUAAGGCCUUAUAAUGGAAUGAAUGGGUUUGAAAGUUAUUGUUUUUUUUGUUUGUUUUUUUAAAUGAAAGUAUAUAUCUGAAUGAAACAAUAUGCUCUCCCGUCUUCUCUUUAUAUCGACAACAUGUGACAGUUGAGCAUUUCGUCCUCUUGUCUGAAAUCAUUGAAGAUUGUUCAUUCAACAGUUCCACAGGUUAUUGUUCCUGUUGAGGGAAGCAAAGAAAGGUACCAAAAAGUCGUCUGAGACCUAACAUACAGCAGUGAGCAGACUAUAGCAGUUGGAUGGUAAAGAAAAAUGUACUGAAAGCCCGGGGUUAAAGUGAGGGGAUAACGUUUUCUUUUGUUCCUAGUGAUGUGUCCCUUUGCAAAACUACCGUCUCUAGUUUUGCAGGCAACAUGUCUGUUAGUCCACUGAAAACAAAAGCAGGUUAUUUCGACUCUUUUUUUAUGAUUGAACAAAUGGGGAAAAAAUCAUUAUAAGGGAAAGCAACAUAAUUUGCUUCAUCUUGGAAGGAAAAUGAGCAACGAGCAAAAUUGUAUUGCCUCUACAAAUUAAGAAAAGCUGUCAGCAUGUUUAAGACUUCACAAUGUAAGAUGUUAAUAUAACCGCUGUUUGGAAAUAUUCUUUAUAACCUUAAAAAUUUUACUUCAGUUGCUGAAACAGAGUCAAAUUAAAUUAUUGUGAAAACAAGAUUUUUUUUUUUUUUUUUAAAGAAAUCUCUACAGCACGAUUAAUACUCCACUAGAAUGCCGUUACUGUCAGCCAUUUUUACUGAAUCAAAAAAAUGUCAGGUUCUGUGCUUGGGAUAUUGCACUUGACCCCGCUUGAUUCCCUGUGCGUGCAGAGGUCAUAUUCUACAGUAAGGAAUGAAAACUAGUUUAAAUAGAAGCACUCACAGAACACGAAUGCAUUGAAUGGCCACUGAAUCAUACCAAACAUGGUAUUUAAAAUAAAUAUUUAAAAAAACUAACAUGUUAAGUCUUUGAACACACAUUUGAAAAGUUAAUGUCAAAGUGAGUAUGGACCUCGAUUCUUCCCAGAGAAUCUGUGAAACUCUACUACAGUCUCAAGGCCUGAAGAUAAUGAAAUCUACGUAUGUGAGACAGAUGAGUGACUCUCAUUGGCUCUGAUUUAAAGAGCUGAAAUGCUGAACCUGGAGGUGUUCAAGGAUCAACACUGAAAGGAUUUCAGUGACAAGCUACAGCAUGAGAAGACAAUGAGGUGUGGGGAUGAGGUGUCUUAAUGGAAGCUGCUCCCAAACCAAGUGCGUCAUCGCUUCAAUGCUCGAGUCCUUGACUGUGAAGCGUGGUCGAGCUCUUUCAACAUGAUGAAGAGAAAUGAAAGAGGGGAACUCAGAAGUGACAUUGAUGGAUGGGAAAAAUAGAGGCUGGAGCUCUAGGCGACUAUUCACAACCCGUUAAGUAGAGAAUCAUAUGGUGGUGAAGAGGAGUGAGGAGCGGUUUACAAGGUGGAGCUGAGUGAUGGUUAGAGCAAAUAGCAAUCCAUCACUUUUUAUUCAUCACCUAAUGAUUUCAGAAUCCGCUUUGAAAUAUAAAUGUUUUCGGCUCUUCAAUUCAAAAUGUCAAACCUUGAAAAAAAACCUCUUUCUCAUGCCCUAUUGGAUAUCUUUUUUUGAGAGGGUUUAUUUGGAGUAACCUAAAUAUGAGCUUCUUCUAGCUAGUAAUAGUUUCACAAUACCAUUUUGCAAGAAAGACAGAAAACACAUUUGUCCUUCAACCAAAAGCGCACAAAUAUACCAGCUCUGGGAGUACUCUGUUGUAUUAAGCCAAUGGGGAAGAGUUAUUAUGUUACAUGUAUCUUCCCUGCUGUGAAAGGCUGACAUCGGGGAAUCCAAGAAAAAAAAUCCAGCCGUUAUAUUUGAAAGUUUGUCUGCAUAAAACUGAAUUUACGCAUUUGGCUGGUAAAAUACGUUUACAUGUUUUUCCAAGAUCAUAGCAACAGCAGCACGUGUCACUACACAUCAUAGUUAGUUAAUCUCAUCCCCUAAAUUAACUUCACACUGUUAUGAAACCCUAAUUGGCCUAAUAAUGGCUGUAAUUAGAAACACACACACAAAAAGCAAUAAACGUGGGCUAAAUGACCUCCAUUAAAGCAUCACAUCACCAGUCAGACCUGCACUGGAACACAGACUCGUCUGGUAUCACAGCAGACACAAAACAUGUUACUAAUUGCUCACUUAAGAGUUAAUUGGUGUUAUCCUACUGCUAAGGUCAUGACCCCAUUCUUGAGAAGUGGCUUCAAUUAACGUUAUUGCUCCUUGAAGAAAAUGAAGGGAGAUGAAAAAGCAGGUAAGAGUUGAGAGUUUGAAUUGAGAUGCCAGCAUUACUGCACUGAAAUACUUAUUUCAGCAUUUUUCCUGUGAUGGAAACAUUGAAUAUGCGCUCCUCAGUUUCUGUAUGUUCCUUGAGAUGCUUUUGCUUGGUGCUGGGAGAUAAACAGUAGUGCCUUGCUGUAGUUGUUAUACAAUCAUGUUGGAUAUGUGUUCCUGUCAUAGAUGGUCUGUGGGACCUGGAUGUAAGCGCUGUGGUCAUGAAUGUUGACGGACUUUGGCUUAUUUCCAACGCUAACACCUAACUUUAUUUUUGUCAAAAUCUCAAUCUUAAUGCAGACAACACUUAUCUAUUUAAAAAUAGAUGUGCAUUAUAUGUCACAGAAAAGACACUAGAGCAAGGGAUUUAAUGGUACACUCAACUCGGUAUGAUGCUUAUCACAAUUCAAUUAUAUGAUGUUUUUCUAAAAUGUUCUAGUUUUUCUAAAGCAAUAAGAUUAAAGUCAAUUUAUUAAUAAAUAUAUUUCAAAUAAAAUUUCCUGACAAUAAAAAUGCUAAAUAU